AUGACAUGGAAUUAUUUAGAGAAUUUAUCUCUACCCUUCUUACAAAUUUUGAAAGCUCAACGUAUUCCGGUCGAAGUUUUAACAAAUAUAAUUAAAAAUACAAAUAACAAUCUUAUUAAAAUAAAAAUUGAAGAAGUAUCUCAUUGUGAGAUUCAUAAUAAAAAAAUUAUUCAGGCUAUUUAUCGAAAUUGUCCAAACUUGAAAUAUCUUAAAUUAUUAUUUAGAAAUAGUAAUAUUUUAGAAUUGGAAAAUUUGUUAAUCAAUUGUCAAGGUUUAAGUAGGUUAUAUAUUAUUAUUGAUAAUUCUUAUUAUUACGGAGGUGAUUUAUUUGAUUGGGGUUAUUUAUUCGAAGUUUUGACUAAAUCAUCACCAAUUAGUUUGUUUAAGAUUAAACUACAAUUUGAUGAGGCACCUACAUUGGAAUCUUUAAAAAUUUUUUUUGAUAAUUGGAAAGAUAGACAUUCCUUAUCAUUACAAACUUUACAAGUUAAUAGUGAUGGCGUAAAUUUAUUGAAUUGGGAUUAUAGAUAUUUAGAUUUAGUAGAUGAAUGUAAAACAAAUGGAAUUAUUAAAAAAUAUAAACAUGAUGUUUGGACUUUUCAAGGAUUUUGAAUAGGAUUUAAGAAACAAAACAUUUAAUU